AGGCCCGGGGCCAGCUCCGCCUGCGCCCGGUGACUCAGCACCUCGCCGGCACCGCGGACUUUGCCCUGCCAGCCUGCGACUGAUCCCUGCAGGCUCCCAGGAUGCAGGGUGCCGGGGCCCCCGGCGGCCAGGGCCGGGCCCCCUCCAGGCCGGGCGCCCUGAGCCGGCCCCGGGUCCUCCUGCUCACCUACCUGCUGACCACGCUGGACCUCACCUGCCUCUUCAUGCAGUUCUCCGUGCUGCCGGCUGGGCCUGGACUCCGUGGCCUUCGGCUACCUGCAGACGGUCUUCGGCGCGCUCCAGCUGCUGAGCGGGCCCAUGUUCGGCAGGUUUGCAGACCAGCGCGGGGCGCGGGCCGCCCUCACCGCCUCCUUCCUGGCCGGCUCGGCACUCUACCUGCUCCUGGCGGCCGCCUGCAGCCCCAGCCUGCCAGGCACCGCCCUGCUCUUUGCCUCCCGCCUGCCCGCCCUGCUGCUGCACACGCUGCCAGGUGGGCGCUGACCGGGGGCGCUGAGAGCGGACAGGAGGGGGCCGCCCAGAUGGUGGUGGCGGACCUGUCGGCCCCGGCGGAGCGGCCGGCAGCCCUGGGCCGCCUGGGCCUCUGCUUCGGCGUCGGCACCAUCCUGGGCUCGCUGCUCGGCGGGACCCUGAGCGCCACCUGCGGGAUUCAGUGUCCAGUCCUCGUGGCUCUCGUGGCCAACCUCCUGGGAGCCGCCCUCAGCGUCACCUACAUCCCCGCCAGCACCAAGGGCGCCCGGGCAGGCCCGCCCGGCGGCCCCGCGGCCCGCGUGUUCGACCUGCGGGCGGUCUCCCGCCUGCUGCUGCAGCCGGGCGUGCUGCCCGUGUUCCUGGUCAAGGUGGCCUCCGGCUUCCCCUCCGGGCUCUUCAUGGUCAUGUUCUCCAUCAUCUGCAUGGACUUCUUCCGGCUGGACUCCGCCCAGGCCGGCUACCUCAUGUCCGCCUUCGGGGUCCUCCUGAUGGUCAUCCAGGGCCUGGUCAUCGGCCGGCUGAGCAGCCGCUUCUCCGAGGCCGCCCUGGUCCGGGCCAGCGUGCUGGUGCUCAGCCUGGUGGGCCUGGCCAUGGCGCUGAUGUCCACCGUGUUCCACUUCUGCCUCCUGAUGCCCGGCCUGGUCUUCGGCCUGUGCCUGCUCAACGUGGUGACGGACAGCAUGCUGACCAAGGCCGUCUCGGCCUCGGACACCGGGACCAUGCUGGGCCUCUGUGCCGCGGUGCAGCCCCUGACCCGCACGCUGGGGCCCACGCUGGGCGGCCUGCUGUACCGCGGCUUCGGCGUCCCCGCCUUCGGCCACGUGCAGCUCGCCGUCAACCUGCUCGUCCUCCUGGCCCUCUGCCGGCAGCCCACGCCCCGGAAGGCGGACAAAGUGCGGUGACCGUGGCCCCGGGCACCACGGGCAAUAAACCAACUCCGCAC